CUUAUGUUGAGAGCUCGCGAACAGAGUCGUCGGAAUAGACCACGGUGCUGAGACAGAGAGUUGUUCGGCAAACAGGUGGAAAAAUUGGCGACGAGAACGGAUACAUUAAUCUCAAACCACACAGCACUUCUCCGUUUGGAAGAAGAGUGUAUUUUAAAACAUGGAACAGUGUCGUUAGCCGGUAGAUUGAGCCCUAGCACUUUCUUGUACCUAAAUCGCGAAGUUGAGUCCCUCGACCCAGCCCGUUAGCUGUUUGGCUAGCUAGCCAGUUAGCUUUGCAUUAUUAGCUAUGUAGCUCGCUAACUAGCACAUUUUUGUCAGCCAAGGGGUUCGUUCGCAAAGCAAAUAGAUUUCGUUGUUUGCAUAUGGGAACUGUUAUGGUAUUAACUAUUCAGUUAUUAGAUUAAACUCCUCGGGACAUGCAUGAUCUGGGGAAUAGCUGUUUAUUGAAGAUUUGCUGAAGGAGAGAGAAUUCCCCUCCUAUUAGCAAGCCAUUGUGUGAUGAUGGAAAAUGCAAUGUAUGAGGACGAACCUUUGUAACUAAUUUAGCUGGCUGACCAGGCAGUUGGCACCACAUAUCAAGGAUUCUGGAUGAUUCUUCGACUAGAGUCCAUUGGGGAUUAUUAUCUUUUGGAGAGGUCCUGUAAUUUAUCGCCGAGACAGUCGCAUUGUCUGUCCGUCUGACAGUGGACACAAUGGGGGAGACCAGUCUCAACGACUCGAAUGUGAAGGUCGCAGUACGUGUUCGUCCUAUGAACAGGAGAGAAAAGGACCUGAACACAAAAUGUAUUGUGGAUAUGGAAGGCAACCAGACCAUCCUGCAUCCAGGCGGAGGAAACCUGGGCAAAGGAGACUCCAGGAGUCAGACCAAGACCUUCGCCUAUGACUACUGUUUCUGGUCCAUGGACGAGUCGGAAAAGGACAAGUUUGCGGGUCAGGACGUGGUGUUCCAGUGCCUUGGGGAAAGUCUUUUACACAACGCCUUCCAGGGCUACAACGCCUGCAUCUUCGCCUACGGACAGACAGGUUCGGGAAAGUCGUACACCAUGAUGGGUUCUGUGGACUCUCCAGGUCUGAUUCCGCGGCUCUGCAGCUCUCUGUUUGACCGGACCCUGCUGGAGCAGAGGGAGGGGGAAGGCUUCACCAUAGAGGUCUCCUACAUGGAGAUAUACAAUGAGAAGGUCCGCGACCUCCUCGACCCCAAAGGGAGCAGGCAGGCUCUUAGAGUGAGGGAGCACAAGGUGUUGGGGCCGUACGUGGACGGCUUGUCACGCCUGGCUGUGGCCAACUACAAGGACAUCGAGUCUCUGAUGUCGGAGGGGAAUAAGUCUCGUACGGUGGCUGCCACCAACAUGAACGAGGAGAGCAGCAGAUCUCACGCUGUCUUCAACAUCAUCCUCACACACACACUCAAAGACCUGCAGUCUGGGACGAGUGGUGAGAAGGUGAGUAAGCUGAGUCUGGUAGACCUGGCUGGCAGUGAGAGAGCAGCUAAGACUGGAGCUACUGGAGAGAGGAUGAAGGAGGGCAGCAACAUCAACAAGUCUCUGACUACUCUAGGCCUGGUCAUAUCUGCUCUGGCAGAACAGGGAUGUGGGAAAAACAAGACCAAAUUUGUCCCUUACAGAGACUCUGUGCUAACAUGGCUGCUAAAGGACAGCCUGGGCGGCAACAGCCGCACGGCCAUGGUGGCCACGGUGAGCCCGGCAGCAGACAACUACGACGAGACGCUGUCCACGCUGCGCUAUGCCGACCGGGCCAAGAGCAUCGUCAACCACGCUGUCGUCAACGAGGACCCCAACGCACGUAUCAUCAGGGAGCUCCGAGAGGAAGUGGAGAAACUACGGGACCAGCUGACACAGGCAGAGUCUAUGAAGGCCCCAGAGCUGAAGGAGAGACUGGAGGAGUCUGAAAAACUCAUCCAGGAGAUGACCGUCACCUGGGAGGAGAAACUACGCAAGACGGAAGAGAUCGCACAGGAGCGUCAGAAACAGUUGGAGUCCCUGGGCAUCUCUCUCCAGUCGUCUGGCAUCAGAGUGGGAGAAGACAAGUGUUUUCUAGUCAACCUCAACGCUGACCCUGCUCUCAACGAACUGCUAGUCUACUACCUGAAGGAGCACACUAAGGUUGGUUCAGCAGACUCCCAGGACAUUCAGCUGUGUGGGAUGGGUAUUCAGGCUGCACACUGCAUCAUAGACAUCACAGCUGACCAACGGGUGGUCCUCACUCCUCACAAAAACUCAAGAACGUGUGUGAAUGGCUCUCCUUGCACCAGCCCUCAGCAGCUCCACCAUGGAGACCGCAUCCUGUGGGGAAACAACCACUUCUUCAGGAUCAACCUGCCUAAGUGGCGGUCGCGGGGUGGUGGUGAGGAAGAGGAGGGUGAGGGGGGCCUGAUGAAGAACAGUAGCAGUAGUGAACAGCUGGAGGGCGACGGAGACACCAACAGUGAGGUUUCCUCCGAGGUCUCCUUCUCCUACGAGUUCGCCCAGACAGAGGUCAUGAUGAAGGCCCUGGGCAACAACGACCCCAUGCAGGCAGUGCUCCAGUCCCUAGAGAGGCAGCACGAGGAGGAGAAGCGCUCGGCGCUGGAGAGACAAAGGCUGAUGUACGAACAGGAGCUGCAACAGCUGAGACGACGGCUGCACCCGGACAGACCGUCUGUAGGACAGACAGGCAUGGCACCCAGCCAAUCACAGGGCCAGGCUGACAGGCCGGGACAGCCCCACUACCGCAGCCUGGAGAGACUCAGCAUGUCCAACUCACCCAGCGCACAGAGCAGACUGAAGCAGUGGAGCGAGGAGAGAGAGGCGGUGUUGACCCGGAGCCUGCGUAAGCUGAGGGAGCAGAUAGUGAGAGCUAACCUGCUGGUGCAGGAGGCUGGCUUCAUAGCAGAGGAGCUGGACAAACGCACCGAGUACAGAGUCACCUUGCAGAUACCUGCUGCUAACCUCAAUGCCAACCGCAAGCGUGAUGCAGUGCUCAGUGAGCCUGCGGUGCAGGUGAGGCGUAAGGGGAAAGGGAAGCAGAUCUGGGCUCUGGAGAAGAUGGAGAACAGACUGGUGGACAUGAGAGAACUGUACCAGGAAUGGAAGGAGUACGACGAUGACAACCCAGUGAUGCGUUCCUACUUUAAGCGUGCCGACCCGUUCUUUGAUGAGCAGGAGAACCACAGCCUGAUCGGCGUAGCCAAUGUCUUCCUGUCCUGUCUGUUCUAUGACGUCAAGCUGCAAUACGCAGUACCCAUCAUCAACCAGAAGGGGGAGGUGGUUGGGAGGUUACACGUGGAGGUGGUGAGAGUGGCGGGGGGGUUUGAGGACAGCAUGGCUGGCGGAGAGGACAAUGAGACCAGCCCCGACGGAGAGGUGCAGGAGAGGAAACUGGUCUGCAUGAUCAAGAUUCUUCAGGCAACAGGUCUCCCCCAGUACCUUUCCAACUUUGUCUUCUGCCAAUACUCGUUUUGGGACCAGGCGGAGCCCGUAAUCGUGGCCCCAGAGGUGGACCCCUCUGCCUCGUCCCCAAGCAGCAAGGACCCUCACUGCAUGGUGGUCUUUGACAGCUGCAAGGAGAUGGGUGUGUCAGUAACAGAGGAGUUUAUAGAGUAUCUGACAGAGGGGGCAGUGGCCAUGGAGGUGUACGGACACAGACAGGCCGCUGCCGGACAGGCUGACUCCGGCAGGAACCCUGCCUUCUGGGACCUCAGCAUUAUACAAGCCAAGACACGCACACUACGGGACAGGUGGAGUGAGGUAACACGUCGUCUGGAGAUGUGGAUCCAGGUGUUGGAGAUCAACGAGAACGGAGACUUCAUGCCUGUGGAGGUCAUACCUGCCAAAGACGUACGCACAGGAGGUAUAUUCCAACUGCGACAGGGCCAGUCCAGACGUCUGCAGGUGGAGGUGAAGUCUGUGCAGGACAGUGGGACGAUGCCGCUGAUAGCGGAGGUGCUGCUGGCCGUGUCUGUGGGCUGUGUGGAGAUCAGACAGACACGGCAGGCCAAGGCCAACAACGAACCCGUACAGAUGGAGGGGGAUGAGAUGGACAGCUAUCAGGAGCGUGAUCUGGAGCGUCUGCGUCGUCAGUGUCUGACAGCUCUCACCAAGAGACAGGAGUACCUGGACCAACACCUUCAGACCCUGGUCAGCAAGCCAGAGAAGACAGAGGAUGACGUAGAGAGGGAGGCCCAGCUGUUGGAAUGGCGCCUGACACUGACCGAGGAGAGGAACGCUGUCAUGGUGCCUUCAGCUGGGAGCGGCAUCCCUGGAGCUCCUGCAGAGUGGGUCCCCCUACCUGGAAUGGAGGCCCAUACCCCUGUUCUUUUCCUGGACCUCAGUGCGGAUGACUUCAGUUCCCAGGAUGCUUUGGAGGUCCCGGAGGCUGGGGGUUGGGAUGCCACUCUGAGCGGAGAGGACGAGGAAGAAUUCUUCGACCUGCAGAUCGUCAAACAUUAUGAUGAAGAGGUAAAAGCUGAGGCAUCGUGGGACUCCACAGUGCACCAGUGUCCCCAGCUGAGCCGCGGUGGAGCGUGCCCGGAGCAGAGGGUUUAUCUGACGGUGCGCUGCGUGGUGCAGCUCAGCCAUCCGGCAGACAUGCAGCUGGUGCUGAGGAAACGGAUCUGUGUCAACCUGAACCCCGGCAGACAGGGCUUCGCUCAGAACCUCCUCAAGAGGAUGUCCACGCGCUCCACCAUCCCCGGCUGUGGGGUCACCUUCGAGGUGGUCUCCAACAUCCCCGGGGAUGCCCAGGGUUCAGAGGACAGGGAGAUGUUGGCUCGUCUAGCCGCCAGCGCUGAGAACCCCAAGUCGGCCGACAACGAGGCGGCCAUAGAGAAAUACCUCCGCAGUGUCCUGGCUGUGGAGAACAUCCUCACUCUGGACCGACUACGACAGGAAGUGGCGGUGAAGGAGCACCUGGCAGGCAAAGGGAAGGGUAACAGACGCAGUCUCAGCUCCCCCAGUGUCCACAGGCUCUCUGGCAGCAGACAGGACCUGUCCUCUGACUGCAAUCUGGACGACAACAAGACUCGCUGGGAGAGCCAGCAGGACAUCUUCAUGACCUCGCCCCAGUUUAGCCACACCCUGCCUCGCCCCUCCUCCUCUCCCCCUACUACUCCCCCACAGAACCAGAACCAGGACCCAGAGCAAGGUCGUUCAGGGCUUGCUGCCUCUUAUCUUUCAGUCAAAGCCCUGGUGCCGCAGAUGCCCAAGCUGCUCAAGUCCCUGUUCCCUGCCCGCGAGGACAAGAAGGAGCCCCUACGCCCCUCACCCCACUCUUUACAGCACAUGCCUCGUAUCAUCAUGCAGACGACGGGGCCUGAAGACGGCAGGGUCCGGACAGAAUCGGUUGCUAAGGUAGGGAGGACCGCCUUUAUCCCGGCCUUGACCAAUGACAGGUGGUCAGAGUCCACCGAAGCCCCUCUUCCUGUUCCGUCAUCCCAGCAUGACUAUCCCCUCAGCCCCAUCAGCGAGGCCUCCAGCGGCUACUUCUCCACUAGUGUUUCCACGGCAACCCUGACCGAGGCUUCAGCCAGCACCGCUGGUGACCACCCUGCCACCCCCCUCCGCCCCUCCUCCUCCCUCACCCUCCUAGAUGCAGGGGUGGGACUAAAGGGGAUUGAUGCUCCUGAAACUACGUUACCCAGAACCCAGCAGCAGCAGCGAGCUGAACGGAACGGUGUUACUGCUGCCUCUCCUCAGUACGACAACAAAAUGGCCACCACAGGUCCCGGCUACAGCGUCACCACAGGCAACAAGCCCUUCUCCGUACAGAGGGUGUCGACGUCGGACCUGAAGUCGUUCCAGCAGCGCAUCCUGGGGGAGGAAGUGGAGGCGAGAGGAGGAGGAAGACAAGGGAGUCUAGAGAGACUGGAAAUCGUCCUGGACGACGAGGAUGGUGGCUGCGACUACGUGCUACCUGAUUGGCUGAGAGAGGGGGUGUGCGUGACGGUGGGAGCCAAUAAGGACGGGACAGUGCGCUACGUGGGCAACACUGAGUUCGCCGAGGGCGUGUGGGUCGGGGUGGAGCUUGACUCGCCCUCAGGUAAGAACGACGGUUCCGUAGGCGGGCGCCACUACUUCCGCUGUAACCCUGGUUACGGUGUCCUGGUGCGUCCCGACCGGGUUCUCCGACGGGAGCAUUCCACCAAACGGAACCCGGAGAACCGGUGCAGCGGCGAGUUCUACCAGCCCGUUCUGCGGGGAGAGUCCACUAUCAGGAGAGGGGAGAACCGCAAGUCCUGGAGCAGCUGAACUGGAGAGAAACAGGCUUGGCUGGGAGAGACCAUUA